AGGACAAACAACUCCCCGCUCCGCCCCUCUCCCUUACAACCGAAGGCAGACGAGAAUUGGGCGCAGGUCCCCAAUACAGCAGAAAGAACCCUCCAUGCCAACAACAGAGCGCUAAAAAAUACCCACCACAAACUGACAGACGAUUCACCCACUUUGGGCCUCCAGCAAAGCCUCGACGCCGAUCAAGAGAAAACCGGAAAUUCCGGUACACUCAACCAUGUGACCUACAAAUCACCCCCUGUACAGUCGCAAAAUGGCCUAUUACGGCUAAUCAUAGACUUUUCGUGGGUAGAACGGCUAGCUUCCAGACAACAGUCACUUACUAGAGGAAGAAAUUGGCUGACUCGGAGUAGCACCAAGGUUUGCAAAAGUACGAAGAAGAAGAAACCUGGGGGAAUGAGAAAUCCCCUUAAGAAUGCUCAAUAGCUGUAGGUACGGUGACUGUUGCAGGAGAGAAAUGGAAUGUAAUGAAGUUUGUAGAGAAGAGCGUAUCUGACUGGAAUCGUGAGCAAGAGAACUCGGCACUGCAGCGUGGUGAUGGGUGGUCUAUAAAUGUAUAAAUUAAUAAACAUUUUGUUGCAGAGAUCACCGGCAACAGCAGAACCAGAUGCUCACUGACGUUGUCUGCUUCUCAGCAGCCUGUUCCUGUCAAAUCUGUCCCCACAAGCCUUCAAGCAAUGGCUGCUGAUGUUCACAAAAAAGAUGGAGAUGUGCCCAAUGGGUCGUUGGUCCCAGGUGACAGAAAGCAUGCUGAGAGGUCAGAGAGUCCUACACCAGGGUUGGCUCAGGGAACAGAACCAGGGGCAGGCCAGGAGGGAGCCAUGUUUGUUCAUGCCCAGUCCUAUGAGGACCUGACCAGCACAGAUAAUCGAGAUGUGACUCCCCAGAGCCCAGGUGAAAGUGAAGAGGACCAGGCUGACCAGACAAAGAUGGAGGAGAUCAGCAAGGACUUCAGUGAGUUGAGCACACAGCUUACUGGCAUAGCCCUAGACUUGGAAGAAGAGAUAAGGCAGAGCAAAGAGGACAAGUUGGACCUCUCACCACAGGCCUCUCGCCGAGACUCUGUCCUGUCAGGGAAGGAAGAAGAAGACGUGACCAUGGAUGCCUGGCGCAUGCACCAGAAGCAUGUCUUUGUUCUAAGUGAGGCUGGCAAGCCAGUGUAUUCCCGCUAUGGAUCCGAAGAGGCCCUGUCCAGCACCAUAGGGGUGAUGAUGGCUCUCGUAUCCUUCCUAGAAGCAGAGAGGAAUGCCAUCAGGUCUAUUCAUGCAGAUGGGUACAAGGUGGUGUUUGUGCGCAGGAGCCCCCUGGUGCUGGUUGCUGUGGCUCAGACACGGCAGUCAGAACAGGAAAUUGCUCAAGAGCUCCUUUAUAUCUACUACCAGAUACUCAGCCUCUUGACAUGGACCCAGCUCAACCGCAUCUUCCAGCAGAAGCAGAAUUAUGACCUGAGGAGACUGUUGGCAGGCUCUGAGCGCAUCACUGACAACUUGCUAGACCUGAUGGCGAGGGACCCGAGCUUCCUGAUGGGGGCUGCCCGUUGCCUCCCUAUGGCUGCUGCAGUCAGGGAUGCUGUGAGCUCCUGCCUCCAGCAAGCCAGAGCUAAAAGUCUGGUGUUCACCAUCCUCCUAUCCAAGAACCAGCUGGUGUCUCUAGUGAGAAAAAAGGACCAGUUCCUACAUCCAAUUGACCUUCACUUACUCUUCAACCUCAUUAGUUCCUCCUCCUCAUUUAGAGAAGGAGAAGCCUGGACUCCCAUCUGCCUGCCCAAGUUCAACUCCAGCGGUUUUUUCCAUGCCCACAUUUCCUACUUAGCACAAGACACAGACUUGUGCCUUCUCCUGAUCUCCACCGACCGUGAGGAUUUCUUCACAGUGUCUGACUGCAAGCACAGGUUCCAAGAACGCCUGAAGAAGCGUGGUGUGCAUCAUGCCCUCAUGGAGGCGCUGCGCAACCCUUUCUACAGUGUCUCCCAGGUGGGAAUCCCAGGCCUCCGGCACUUCAUCUAUAAAUCAAAGAGUUCAGGACUCUUCACCAGCCCAGAGAUUGAUGCUCCCUACAUCACUGAGGAGGAAAAACAGAGACUUCUAGGAUUGUAUCAAUACUUACACAGCCGAGCCCAUAAUUCCUCCCGUCCUCUAAAUAACAUCUAUUACACUGGAUCUAAUGAAAAUCUCCUGGCUUGGGUGACUAACGCUUUUGAGCUCUACGUAUGCUUCAGCCCCCUGGGAACCAAAGCAGCAGCGGUCAGUGCUGUCAACAAACUCAUGAGGUGGAUCCGCAAGGAAGAAGACCGGCUCUUUUUAUUAACACCCCAGACUUACUGACUGCUGCAGCCUGUGCUGUCUACCCAAAGGUCCUCAAUGCCAGUGAAUGCCCAAAGGAUCUUCCUCACACUUCUGGUGGGACUAGAUCCACUCUCUGAGAGUGAUUCUCUCCCCAACAAUACAUGUGAGGAGGAGGAGCCGAAUAAGAGGUGGGCCUGAAUGGUAGCAGAGUUUGGUGCCUACAGGGAAUAUCUGGGAAGGAGAGUUUUGUUUCAGACAUUAAGCCCGCUGCACCUGGAACUGAAAUAUGGACCCUCCUGGCAAUCAUUCAUGUGCUACCUGACACUAUUCAUCCCAGACACAGAAUGUCCUUUCUGCUUCUCUCUGCACUUCUUUUUAAAGACCAAAUCCUGUCCUCACUUCCACUGUCCAUUUUCCCUCCUCUCUGAAGAAGCUUGUUUUACUAGAAGCUCAGGCAAUGUUUUCUGGUGUGGUUGCCCAAGCCAAUGCAUUGAGGAGUCCUAUGUUCCUCAUUGCCCAUUCGUUUCCUAAUCUUCACUGGCUUUCCAAAUGUCCUCCUUGCACCAGAUGGGGGCAGCCAUGCUGCCUUGUACUUCAAGGGAGAGGUAAUCAAAGAAGCAAGUACCUAGUGGAUGGGAGGGCAUUUUAUAAACAGUCUAGCUCCCUGCAGUACACUUCCCUUUGGAAUUGGCUUAACACGCUGCUUCCUUCUCAUUUCUGGUUUGGAAAGCUCUCAUGGAUCCACAUCUGUGCUAUUAUGCUCCAUGCACUGUCAUACAAAUAAGAAUUUUCUUUGUUAGAUUACUCAUUAUUUUUACAACCAAGGAAAGAUGCAGAUCUGAGGAGGUGCAUUUUGCCCAAAACAAUACAGGGCUUUUAAUUGUUAAGCAGUUGUUAAAUUUAGAUUGCUCACUUUUAGACUGAGUGAGCAGAGGAAAACAAAACUCAAAUCUGAUUCAUUCAAAGGACAUAAUGAUUUAAGCUGUGGGAUGCCAGAAUGGCUAAAGGUGUUUUCACACAUCAAGCUUAACCCCCCUUUUUCUUAUAUCUGUCUGUCAUGCAAAGGAAAAGCCUGCACUGACUGCAAGUUUAUUUUGCUUUCUGUUCUGCAUUAAUAACAUUCAUAUGUGGCACAAAUAGAGAGAGGAAAGAAAGAUGCUUUUUAGCUUUGUGUUAUGAGAAUGCUCAAAGGAGACGCAUUAUCUAGAGUAGGCAGACAGGCAGAUUGCAUGGGCAACGAAGGAGCUAAGUUCUACUCCCCGUGCCCAACACAUCUGUGAUGUAGCAAGAGAUUCAUCUCUGUACUGUCACAUUCCAUGUGCUGGAUAAAUAUAAUUAAAGGAUGUCAUGUGCUCCAGGAAUAACAAAGAGUAUAGUAAAAGCAGGCAUAUGGAAGUAGAGAUUGGUGCCUACAGUGCAUUCUUUAAUUGCUUCAUUAUAGGAAAUAUGGAGACAGCUCUGGAGGGAGGUACAAGCAUAGGCCUGUUAUUCAGCAAAAACCACAGCAAAAAAAAUGGAUGAAAUGGAACGAAGGUAUGGACAAUUCAUAGCAUACGUGGCUGCAGAGAGGCUUGAGAGAAUACGGAGGAUUAUGCCUAGGUCCUCCAUGUCCCGACAUAGUUCAGAGAAGAAAAACUUCUCUUAGAGAUGACCUCUCUGGCAUAUAAAGAGAGAAGAUCAUACAGAUAUUCAAAUGUCUCCUUUACUUCAACCAAAUAUUAGACAUUAUUUAUCCUAGUGAGGUGGUAAAACUUUGUCAGGGCUGUACCACCUCAGAUUGCAGAUGAGUGCUCAUGUGACCGGAAGCUCUUCUGUACAAAAAAUCACCUAAUAUUUUUGGGACAUAGAAAACUAGCAUGCCAGGGAGAAGGCUAGGCUGGAACCCUUCUCCCUGACAUCUCAUUUUCUAUGUGGAAUGAUGUUUUUGGUAUGGUAGAUGUUCAGUUUUCACAUGUUUGCUGUAGUGGUACAGCCCUAGGCACAGGUUUAUUGUUUCAGUGUGCCUCCAGCCUUAGAUGCGAGACCUUGUAGGAACUGAAUGCACCAAGCUUGGUUAAUACCUAAUAUAUAUGUGUGUGUGAGAAGCGGGGUAGGGGAGAGAAGAGUAAUGUGACGAUAAUGUGACUCAUUAAAACAAUCAGAAAAAAGGAUUGUGUGUCAAGUCAUAACUGUAAAAGGCUGAGAACAUAACAGCCACAUGAUGGCAGCAGAGGGUCAGAUUUGUGACAGCUUUCUUAGGCAUGGCAUUGAUAACAUAAACAAGGAAUAGACCCAAAUGGAAUGAAAAUGAACAAAUUUCCUGUGUUUACAACAUGCGAAGCCAAAAUCGCAUCUUCUGUUAAGCAUGUGAAUUUGAGAAACAUUAGGUACUUUAGACUUCAGCAGUGACUCACAAUGAUUGAUUCCUUAGGGUAAAAUCCAGUGCAGUGCUAAGGAUAAUGUUUUCUACCUGUUCAACAGAACAUUCUCUCCCUUUCCUCCCACCAGGCACCCUCUAAAUCUGUUCUGGGUUUUCUCUCAACCCUCCAGAGAAGAUUUGAGGACAGCGUGGGGCACAUGUGGAGGGAGGAGAAGAGGGGAAGUCUGUUGUGCAAGCGGAAAUACUUGCACUGACAAGACUAGCAGAAUAAAGAAUGUUGUAUUUUUAACUUUGAAUUUCAAUAUACUGGAAUUUCAAUAUACUUUCCAUUGAGAAAUACUCAAAUAUUCAACUAAAAUUCCUAAUUAAUCACAUUCAUUUUUGUUCAUAUAUCAUGUCAAAUCCUUGUAAAUAGUAGUUUCAUGAAUCCAAAGUAUGUCAUGUGAAUUUUCUAGAUCAGCCUUGCCCACUUUUGGGUCCCCAGAUGUUGGUGGACUACAGUUCCCAUUAUUCCUGACCAUUGGCUGGGGCUUGGUGGGAAUUGUGGUCCAACAACAUCUGAGGACCCUAAGGCUGGGAAAGGCUGUUCUAGAUAACAUCUCUUCUAUCCUCUAUCCUUAUGUUUAGGUAACUACACUCUUUUGUUACCUAUACCAUUUGGUUUCAUAAGUUUGCAGUUCCGUGUAUAUGAAAUAAUUGUUACUUUAUUUGUUGGUGUAACUUGUGGUUAGUGUUGUAUCAAGGGUGUCCCCAGAUAGUGCUUGCUUUCAUUUUAGGCAAAUUCACUGAUUCCUAAAAAACAAAAGAACAGUUUUCCAGUUUAGACUGUAGCCUCCUGUCUCAAAGGGCUCCUUCAGAUGACCUGUUUUAUUGAGCAUUCAUCAUUUUUUGCUUGCACAAAAUGUGUGGAGGUUAGACUAUGUCUUUUACUGAACAUUCGUUCUGAUUUCUUUGCAGAUAGAUUAUACGACAACAAACAUUCAUCCUGCAUUCAUUUUU